AUGGCCGCUGCUGCCAAAAAGGUUGCGGCUGCUCGAGGAGUGAACAUUGAGGUUUGGCAGGUGGGGCCUCAAGCGACCGAAGCCGAAGGCAAGGUCAACCAGGCGACGUCAAAGUGGCUCAAGACAAACACUGGGAAGAUUGCCCACCAUUACUGGGUAGCCUUUGAGAAGGCUUUUAUGGAGAAGGCGCAUGAACAGGCGAUAUUUGUGGAGGAAGAUCUCCUUUUUGCACCAGACUUUCUUGCUCUAUUUCGCAGUACAACUGGCGUACUGGAUCAGGACCACAGUCUUUGGUGCAUCAGCGCUUGGAACGAUUUCGGCUUCAAGGGCACAGCAGUGGAUCCUUGCGGCCUUCAGCGUACUUCCUACUUUCCAGGCUUGGGAUUCCUGCUGGUGCGGAGAGCAUGGCAGGAACUCCGAAAGGUGUGGCCAAUUGCACCGACAAUGGGCUGGGACUACUGGACAAGGGUUGCUUUUCGAGCUGCUGGCAAGGAAUGCAUUAUCCCGCAGGUGUCCAGGAGCCACCAUGCAGCAGCCAAGGGGUCGUCUGUCACAACUGCGAAACAGGUCCGCCUCUUCGAGGCAAUGGCCUUUGCGGACGUGCCUUCAACGUGUGAUGUCCGUGCCUCAGACUCUAGGUCGACCACGGCCUUGUACGUGGGGACAGCUUCUUUUGAUAAUGAACCUGCCUGUAAAGCCGGCUGCUAG